UAUAAAUACCUGCACCUGAUACCUGCAUGUCACACCUGUGCACAAUUGUCUGAUGAUCUUGUGGAGACCAAACACAAAGACAAGAAUGCAGACUACAACAGUAACUCUCCUGGUCAUUACUGCAGUCCUCUGGGGCAACAUAGAAGCUUUUUCAGACACAGCUGUGGACUGCUGUCUGACAACCAAGGAUACUCGUAUUCCAAUACAGAUUGUUGCAUCCUACUUUCACCAAACCACAGAGAGUGGCUGUGCCAUUCCAGCUACAGUAUUCAUCACAAAAAAAGACAAGAAACUGUGCGCUCCACCAGAGAAAAACUCCUGGAUUACUAGAAUCGUCACACACUUAGACAAGAAGAAAAAAACUCCUCAGUAGGAACACAGAUGGGAGGCGUACAUGAUGACACUGUAACUGCACUGAGCAACACUGGACUAGACAGGAAAUGACUACAAUUAUUAACUGCCACAGUGAUUUUUAAAAGAUAUUUACAAAGCAUUUUGGGAAUCAUGCAGAUAUGGGGAAUGCAUGAUGUUCGAACUUUGUAAAUGAUAAAAGCGGAUAUGCUAUUUGUUUAUAUUUGACUGCAUUGUCUUACUGUAGCAAUUAUGAGUCUCAUACAUUUGCAUGAAUUAU